AAAACCUAGCUGUGAAAUUAUUGAGGGAUCUCACACUCCUAUAGUAUAAAGUUUUUGAGAGAAAAAAUAGAUUUUAGUGAAUAUUAGUGGCAUAUCAUUUUGAGAUUCUCUGUGAUUUUUUCUAGGUAAAAAACUCACAGGUAUCUAGGUAAAAUCUCAUAUGAGAUAUUUCCAAAAAAAAAAAGAUCAAACACGAAACUCUCUCUCUCAUCAAAUUUACUCUCUCGCGGCCAAAACAGAAUUGAGUUUUCCCCGGCACCGAAGGUUCCCUGCCGUCUAGCUUAUCGCUUUGCUUCUUCGCCUGUCAUCUCUCCUCUCGAUAUGCUACUGGAUCUGAGCUCUGAUUUGCUGCGCAGCCAUGGAAAUCCGCUUGCGAGAAGAUCUACGAUGGAGGUGGUGUUUGUUCUUUGGAUUCUCGGCGAGGGAGGGUGGAGGUAGCAGGUGUUCAGAGUCAGAUGUUAUGGCUUUUGAGGAAUCUUUUUCAGAGUCGUUUCCUCGUCGACUUCGCUGCAGGUGGUGGGGGUGAUAAGGUGGAUCUUGCUAUCACGGAGAAGCGUCAAGAGCUGCUUGAUGCAGGCGGAGAUGGUCCAGUGGUUCUGUUCAUGUCGCUUUGGAGUUGUCCGAGCGAUAAUAGUACGGUAGUGGUCGUCUAUGGCCUCACCAUUUUUCCUCCACCGCUUCUCUCAGUUCACGUCUUCCCUACCAGUGCUCUUCUUCAUGUCCUUGAAUUUCGGCGGCGGUCAACUUCCGGGAGCGUUCUUGUGUUCGUUGAUGUUCCUUUCUCCGCUUUGACCCUGGAGUUUAGAUCUUACAUGUCACAGGUUCUGUCCUUCGGUUCUCAAAGGCAGCAAAUGUCGGAGCAGCCUCGCUCGGUUGGGUCUUAUCUGUUUGGUGUCAUCUUUUGGUCCAGCACAUAUCCCAGUGCUGGUUCGGUCACUUGAUCAUUCGUUAGGUAGUGUUGCUGGUCUACACUUUGUGCAGGUUGAAGAACAUAUCAAGUGAGAGUACAAUGGUCUUGUCAAGCCCGUUUCUUGCAUCUGUUUAGUGUGUUUGUGUGUUUUGCGGUGAGUUCCUUUGGUUUCUCUUUGUAGCGGCUGAGGUGAUCUUUUUACUGGCUGUCUUGUGUGUUAUGAGUAUGCGCUUGGUGUUUCGUCUCCGAAGUUAUCAGGUACGUGUUUCUGUCGUCUUCUGCGCUUCAAAGUCUACAGUUACUUCAGCUAGGAAGAGAGUGGGAUUUAACUCCCUUGCCGGAUUAACCGGAGCAAUGGUGAUGAGGGAAGGAUCCGGAGUUGCGCCCAAAACUUGGUUGCGUGUCUGAUGACUCUAAUCUACCAAUUUUGGUUGUACCGUCUUUUGCUUAAAUUCUAGUUUGCUUGUAACUUUAUUGAUGCCCAUGGGAAGUUUUAAAUAAAAAUUCAAGCUAAAAAAGUGGUGCUUAGUAGCCACAUGCCUUCGAAGUUGGAACAGAUGACAUCUACGGUUAAGUCGCCUUAACUGAUAAGAGCAUCAUUAACCCAAAAACUCACUUUGGGUUUCUUAAUAAUUUUUAAAUACUAAAUUUUACUUAAGAGACCUAGUUAAGAGACAUGAACAUUUUUGUGCUCCAAUGGGAGUCUUUUAUUUAGGAGUUCUUAAAAAAAAAUUAAACAUUGUUUUUGAGUAUUGUAUAAUUUGUGAUUAAAAUGUAUGAAUUUGUGAUCAAAAUGUAUGAAUUUGUGAUAAAAAUAUAUAAAAAGUUUUUGAUUA